CUAGGUGCGCACAGAGUUAGUGUCGAAGUGACGAAGUGACUGAGAGUAGGAUAGAGCGACGGACAGGUGUUUCUCGCGCUAUUAGAAAAUUUUCCCGAAAGUCAGUGAUUCUUGUAAAAUUGGGAAGGUUUCUGUUGUACCUGCAAAUAGAAUAAUACCAUAAGAACUGACUGUUUAAUCAACAAGCGCGCACGCGCCGCUUUCCCCUUGCUCUCACGAUAUACUCCGCGCGUAACCGCCGCCAUAGUUGAUAUUUCUCCGAUAGAAUAUUAAUAGCGGCGUAAGUUUUCGCGGUUAAAAGUAUUUUUAUUUAUUGACUAAAAAACAAGAAUGCGUUCGACGAAGACGGUGAGACGAGGUCAUUCAAGAUAAACCUGGGAUAGGAAGCAAGAAGGAGGGUGUCUACUUUCACAGCUCGUGGUUUUCAGGAGAGUGGCCUGGCAUCGCAGCGCUUCGAGUUAACGUGUGACCAUCGUCGGGUGGCUAUGUACCGUUAGCUCGAAUUCAUUCCCCGUUGGCCGGCCCGAGACCCACGCUUACCUACCGACCGGGGCCAUACUCGAUCGAACUCGACUGUCGUAAACCCGGAAAUGAGUGCGCGUCGCGGCUUGCCGUUACCGCAGGAAAGCUGGCAGUAGUGCGCGAAUUUACCACGAGUCACGGCUCGUUCAUUGCCAAAGGUACGUUCAUUUGGACGUACGUCUCAUAUGACGUGUGCGCCGUGAGCAGCAGUCUCGGCUAGCCAAAAGAGCCGUGGCACGGCGGAACGUGUACGUAGAAAUGAGAAAGUUGCUGCCGCUACGGUGAAGAUUGAAAACGACGCAGGCGAGCCAGCCAGGCGGACGGUCGCUGUACUACGCGAAGGUGUUCCGACGUAGCAGUCGUAGCAGUACGUUGAAAGGAGUACACAAGGGAGUCACAGCUGCUCGUGGAUUUAAUUCUCGUGGAAGAUGAAUUUCACACCCUUUCCCGGCUUUCCGGCAGGCUCGCUACCGACGGGCACGGUUCAUCAGUUUGCGACCGCUAAGUUUGCUCAGAACCUGCCGACUGGGGGUCAGGUGGUCGGCGUCCUUUCCGGUGGCGAGGGCGGCGUUCAUUAUCUGAGGCCGGUCGAUCCGAACGGUUUCGCUGUUCAAGGAGGCAAUAAUCAACAGCAGCAGAUAAUUACUCUGCCUAUUACCGUACCUGGAAAAGAUGGCACGCAGCAACAGCAAACCGUCCAAAUCCAGGUGGUUAAUCCCAGUGUGUCGCAGAGCGGGAACAGUGGUGAUCAGCCGAAAUAUCACCUGGCUCCAAUUUCCUUGGGACAGUUUCCCCAGGGUGCAGCGACAGUGCUCACUGUUGCGUACAGUCAACAAGGCGCAGAUGGAGUUCAAAUUCAAGUACAACCACAGAACACCGUGGCUACCACGCAAACGUCUGAUCAGACCACCCAAAGUACAUCCACCGCAGUCACUACUACAUCCCAACAAACUAUUCAACAAACUGUGCAGCUUCCCGGUGCACCAGAAGGAUUAACCGUGGUCGCGCAGAUUCCGCAGGACUUAAUUUUACGCGAGGGUAUGGAAGAAUCAAAAGAAGAUGUAAAAGAAGGAACAACACCGGUAGCUCUUAUAAAGAGAGGAAGCAUUAAAAAUCAGGGGAAUCAGAGUGGAGAAGAAUUUAUCACUUCUAUGCCUGCUAGCUGGCAAAGCCUUGCAACGCCAGGAUCAACUGUUGCUGAUUACCUAUCCAGGUUGCCUGCCAGUACCUUGCCCAUUAGCUUACAACAUUUCCUGAAAUUCUCAGCAGAAACAAUAAAAAGGGAAGCCACUAUUGAAUCCAGUCCUUUAGGGGCUGAUGGCUUGGACGCGACUGGUAGCGCUGCAUCGGGAGAGCAAGCUGUGCAGAUCACAGUUGCUGGCGGAGAAACGUCAAUCAUUCCUGAUGUUGUUGAAGAACAGGAGCCUGGCGCGAAGCCUAAGAGGAAAAAGAAGUACAAGAAAAAGCCCCCGAAACCGAAGAAACCAAAACCAGGUCAAGUAAGCAUAGUGACUGGCCUGGAUGGUGCAACCCUAUUUUGUUGUCCGCAAUGUAACAUGGCAUAUCCCGAAAAAGAACUUCUAGAGCAGCAUCUUAUUGGACAUAAGAUAGAGAGGAGAUUCAUAUGUGACAUUUGUGGUGCAGGUUUGAAACGUAAAGAACACUUAGAACGGCAUAAAUUGGGCCACAACCCAGAUAGGCCCUUCAUUUGUUCUGUUUGCAUGAAAGGUUUUAAACGAAAAGAACAUUUGAAUCUUCAUUUUGUUAUACACUCUGGGCAGAAGACCGAAGUUUGUACCGAAUGCGGUAAAGCAUUCUACCGCAAGGACCAUUUGAGAAAGCAUGCUAGGUCUCAUUUGGCUAAACGUAUUAAGGAGGAUCCCCUGAACACGGCUGAUGCUUCCCAAAAUUCCCAACAGCAAACAGAACAGCAGCAACAGGCCGAGCAAUUGCAACAACAGGCAGACCAGUUGCAACAGCAGUCAUCGGUAUCUGAGCUACAACAAAUACAGAUACAAGUAGGGCAAGGUUCUCAGGCUCAGAUCCAUCAAAUAGCUGUUAGCGAACAGUCUACCGUCGUUCUUCCGACUGCGGCUGAAACUGGUGCAAUGGUUAUACUUCAUCACCAACAACAGCAGCAACAACAACAACAGCAGCAACAACAACAACAGCAACAACAACAGCAGCAGCAUUAGCAGCAGCAUACCGCCCUAAAUCAACCUGGGCGGUACUUCCGAUUUAAUCAUCAACAGGCUAGAGGUCGUGCAAGACGGUUUGCAAUGAAUUUUCCGCCGUUCGGAGGCCACUUUCCCGGUACUAUUCCGAGCAUCCACCAGUUCGCAACCGACGGCUCCGGCGGUGCGGGUGGGCGCUACGCCAGUCAUUUUCCCAACCAGCCUCCUAUCGGAGUGCCGGUUAUGGGAAAGUACCGUCCUGAGAGCAACGGCGUUCAAUCUACUCAGUCGCAAGUAAUGAUGAACAAUAAAGCGAGCUAUCCGAAUAGCAAUGUUCAUCAUUAUCCAAACGUGCCAUACUCCCAAGCCCAACCGGUGCAACAGCGGCCCUCAAAUUCGCCUGGAAUGCAAGAAAAGCGUUCUUAUCAUCAGCAAGCGACCGAAACCAUAAAUCAACAAGACGUUUGCAAUCUCCUACAGGAUAAAGAUAAGAAUAAGGACAAAAAGUCAGACGAACAACAACGCAAUGGAGAAAGCACGACUAGUGGAAGCCAGCAAGAUUAUACGGUCCAUCAGCAUCACCAACAGCAUGCUCAUACUCAAACUCCUGCAACUAUGCCUGCUACAUGGCAAUCUCUCGCCACUCCUGGUUCUACAGUGGCAGAUUAUCUCAGUCAUCUGCCGGCUAGUACUUUACCGCUAAGUUUACAUCAUUUUUUAAAGUACUCUGCAGAGAGUAUUAAGAAAGAAUCAGAAAUGGCACAAACAACUUCAGUAGCCGUAGCAACCACAACAACACCUAACAUUAUGAUGUCUCCGAACAAUAAAAAGAAAAAAAAGAAGAAGGCUCCUAAGGAAAAGAAGCCGCGUCCGAAACCUGGUGAAAUUCGUUUAACUACAGCAUUAGAUGGUUCUACGUUAUAUUGCUGUCCAGAAUGUCACAUGGCAUACCCUGAACGUGAAUUAUUGGAACAGCAUUUGCUAGGCCACACUUUGGAACGGAGAUUUGUUUGCGAUAUUUGUGGUGCCGGACUAAAAAGAAAAGAUCAUCUUACACGUCAUAAACAGAGUCAUAAUCCAGAACGACCGUACGUCUGUACAGUCUGCUUCAAAGCGUUUAAAAGAAAAGAACAAUUAACCCUGCAUUUUGUUAUACAUUCUGGAGAGAAGCGUCAUGUGUGCACCGAAUGUGGAAAAGGAUUCUAUCGUAAAGAUCAUUUAAGAAAACAUACUAGAAGUCAUAUUGCAAGAAGAGUGAAAGCUGAGCUUAGCCAGAAUGCUGGUACCCAGCAAAGUCAACAACAAAACAGUGUUUCGAAUAUGCAGACUACAGCUGUUACAGCAUCGUCUGUCCUUUCUGGUGGACAUCCAGGUCCUCUCCUGUCCUGAGCCCCGCCACCAGGGAACUUCCAAGUUCCCCAUCCAAAUAACAUUCUUCACACCCAUACUUCUCAUCAUUCACUGCAUCAUCAUCAUUUGACAACAGUCAACGUGGCGCAUCAGUCAAGCGUCACACCACUUGCUACGUCCAGCCAUUAUCAAACGCACGAGCUCAGUUUCUUAGGACAUGUUAAAGAUUUCUGAGAUCAGGGGAAGACCUCAGUCAAGAGGUAACACUGAAAACUUACUUAAAAAUACAAGCGCUGCUAGCAGUGAGUCCUUGACUACUUUUCACGAUUUUCGGCUUUAAUAAGUUUUCUACAAGCAUGAUAAUUUUAUUCAUAAUGCCGCUGACUCUCUAUGUCCUAGUAUAAUAUUAUAAAAACUGUGACAUUUUAUAUAAGUUUCUCAACUGUAUGCACAGUUUCAUUACUACCUGACUUUCGGAUAUGGUUUUGACAUUUAUUUUAUGCAAAUCUUAUUU